AAACAGAUCUGUCGCGCGUGGAAGGAAGCGCUCGCGAGGUUGAGAAAAAAAUGAUCACUAUAAGCAAAAUCCAUUCAUUCUGAGUGUGUUUAAGGGACAUUUGGAGUAUUUUAUUUGUUGUUGUCUGAGUAUUAGGUUUGUUUUAAAUAAGGAUCAGAAGCAGAAGAAGGAGAAUGUGGGAACAGGAUGAGUUUGAGAAGCACUGGAGGAAUGAGUUUCCCGAGGGCGAGGUGCCGAUGAUGAACCUGUGCACGGUGGAGGACAUCGAGAACCAGCUGGAGCAGUGCAAAGCGCGUCUGAAGAGCCUGCAGCACGAGCUGGCGAUGGAGAAGUUCAAGGUGAUCUACCUGCAAACCACCAUCGCGCAGAAGAGGAAGAGCUACGACGCGGAGAGAUGGGCGAGCAAGGAGAACGACGCGGAGCUCGCGGUGACCAAACCCGAGCCCCGCACUGUCCUCCCGGGGAUCCGGCUGCACGCGAUCGGGAGCAGGAGCGCGGAUGAGGCGGGCGGCGCGCUGGCCAGAGGGAGCAAAACUGGGAAACCCAUUCUUAUCCCCCCGCGGAAGAAAUCCGCUUUGGCUAAGGGGACCUCCGUGGGUUCGGGGUCGGGGUCGGGGUCUUUACCUCUGCAUGAAGACUGCGACCGAACGAGACGCGACUCGGAGCGCGACAGCGACAGAGAUUACGAUGACGUGGAGCUUAAUGAAAACUUCGUGCGCAAGAACCUGAUCGACCCCAAGCCCAGGGAGACCCGCAGCUCCUCCCUCAGACCUUUCCGCUUCAGUAAGGAUUUUGAUUCCGGCGAUGACGGCAGAUUGUCUCCCUCUGUGCCGCUCAGAGGGAGUUAUGGUUCGGGUCGCAGCACACCGGACCGGCGCAGUGACGGCUACCUCAGCUCCGAGCACGAGGACUCGUCCUCAGUGGAUUUUAACUAUAACACGGACGGAUACGAGGGAGACGGGGCGGAGGACAGGAAGUCCCAGGAUGGCUCCGAGACCAUGCCGUUCAUCGACGAGUCUCCCACCAUGUCUCCUCAGCUGUGUGUCCGUCCCGAUGGAGAAGCCGUCUCACCUACGCCACCCGAGAGCCUGCUUGCAGGGGUGAGUGGUGAAACAGAAAAGGGACUGGAGAUGAAGAAGCUGGUACUUUCUGGUUUUCUGGCCAGUGAGGAGAUCUACAUCAACCAGCUCGAUGCCCUGCUGCUGCCUAUGCGUCCUUUGAAGGCCACGGCCACCACGUCCAAGCCUGUUCUGACCAUGGAGCAGAUCGAAACCAUCUUUUACAAGAUCCAGGACAUCUACGAGAUCCAUAAGGAGUUUUAUGAUGCCCUUUACCCCAACAUUCAGCAGUGGGAUGAUAAGGUCACAGUCGGGCACCUCUUCCAAAAGCUGGCCAGCCAGCUUGGCGUGUACAAAGCCUUCGUGGACAACUACAAAAUGGCCGUAGAGACGGUGGAGAAAUGCAGCCAGUCUAACUCCCAGUUCCAGAAGAUCUCUGAGAACGUCAAAGUCAAGGGACCGAAAGACUCUAAAGACUGCACCACCACCACUGUCAACAUGGAGGCGCUCCUGUAUAAACCCAUCGACCGCGUGACGCGCAGCACACUUGUUCUCCAUGAUCUGCUGAAACACACUCCUAAGGAGCACCCGGAUUUCGCCCUGCUGCAAGACGCGCUCCGAAUCUCCCAGAACUUCCUGUCUAGCAUCAACGAGGAUAUCGACCCGCGCCGCACCGCCGUGACGACCCCGAAGGGAGAGGUUCGUCAGCUGGUGAAGGACGGGUUCCUGGUGGAGGUGUCUGAAGGCACGCGCAAACUCCGCCAUGUCUUUCUCUUCACUGACUUGCUGCUGUGUGCCAAGAUGAAGAAGACUGCAGUGGGGAGACAUCAGCAGUAUGAGUGUAAAUGGUACAUCCCGCUGGCUGAUCUCACCUUCCAGACCCUGGAUGACUCGGACUCCUGUACACACGUCCAGACGCUUCCUGAGCACGAGAUCGAGGAGAUGAAGAUCAAGAUCUCAGUCAUCAAGAAUGAGAUUCAGAAAGAAAAGAAGUCCCAGAAAGGCCAGAGCCGCAACGUGGACCGUAUGAGGAAGAAGAUGAAUGAGCAAGAGUCGUGUCUGCUGCUACACUCUCCCACAAUCCCGUUCCGCAUUCACAACAAAAACGGCAAGAGUUACUUGUUCCUGCUUUCCUCAGACUAUGAGCGGUCAGAAUGGAGAGAGAGCAUUCAGAAGCUCCAGAAGAAAGAUCUCCAGUCUUGUGUGUUGAGUUCACUGGAGCUUCAGGUCCUCACCAGCUCCUGCUUCAAGCUGCGCACCGUCCAUAACAUUCCUGUCACAACUAAUAAAGAUGAUGAAGAAUCUUCUGGCCUGUACGGCUUCCUGCACGUCAUCGUCCAUUCUGCCACAGGUUUCAAAGAGUCAGCCAAUCUCUACUGCACACUCGAAGUGGAUUCCUUCGGCUACUUUGUUAGCAAAGCUAAGACGCGUGUCUUCCGUGACACCACAGAACCCCACUGGAAUGAGGAAUUUGAAAUCGAGCUGGAGGGCUCGCAGUGCCUGCGCAUCCUGUGCUACGAGAAAUGCUACGACAAGACCAAGCUCAACAAGGACGACAACGAGAUCGUAGACAAGAUCAUGGGCAAGGGGCAAGUGCAGUUGGACCCACAGACUGUCCAAUCCAAGAACUGGCACGUGGAUGUGAUCGAGAUGAACGGGAUCAAAGUCGAGUUCUCGAUGAAGUUCACGAGUCGGGACUUGAGUUUGAAGAGGACACCUUCGAAGAAGCAGAGCGGUGUGUUCGGAGUCAAAAUCAGCGUAGUGACGAAACGUGAGCGCUCCAAGGUGCCUUACAUCGUGCGGCAGUGCAUCGAAGAGGUGGAGAAAAGAGGGAUCGACGAGGUCGGGAUCUACCGCAUCUCCGGCGUGGCCACCGACAUUCAGGCGCUCAAAGCGGCCUUUGAUACCAACACCAAAGACAUCCUGGUGAUGUUGAGUGACAUGGACAUCAACGCCAUCGCCGGCACGCUUAAGCUCUACUUCAGAGAGCUGCCUGAGCCGCUGCUCACUGACCGUCUCUACCCGGCCUUCAUGGAGGGCAUCGUUCUGUCGGACCCCGCAGCCAAGGAGAACUGCAUGAUGCACCUGCUGCGCUCUCUGCCCGACCCCAACCUCAUCACAUUUCUCACCUUACUGGAGCACUUAAAGAGGGUGGCUGAAAAGGAACCGGUGAACAAAAUGUCGCUACACAACCUGGCCACGGUGUUCGGGCCUACGCUGCUGAGGCCGUCCGAAGCCGAAACCAGCAAACCUCACAUCACACUGGCCUCCGAUAUCUGGUCACAUGAUGUCAUGGCACAGGUCCAGGUGCUGCUCUACUACCUACAGCAUCCUCCCAUCUCCUUCGCCGAGCUCAAGAGGAACACGCUCUACUUCUCCACGGACGUUUAACCCUCACCAGAUACAAAGACACUUCCAUCCAUUCCCUCCGAACACCACUUGUACAGAAUCCCACCCGUGCAGGGACGCCGAAGAGAGACGGCUGCCUCCUUCCUGUCCCCGUCGCGAGCACGUGCGCGGACAGAAUUGCGACCAUGCCCCCCCCAUCCCCCCAUCUGAUCGAGAACUGGAGCUGGAGGAGGAUGACUGCUUUGACCUUCCACCUGUCAGACAGGACGUGUGUCUUUGUGACUGAAGGCGUGAGGCAUGAUGGGAAGUUUGCCACCCCAGUUCCAGUGACGCCGGUGCAAGAGAUGUGUUCGAACUCUCUGCCAAUUUAUAAUUUUUUUUUUUCUGUUGGUGUUUAUUCUUAGACAUUACAGAAAACAUUCAUACAUGUACCACCACAUCUGCUUCUUCCCUUCACAUACGUAUAUUAUUUGUUUAACAGCUUUCUGGAUUCGGUUUCGGCUUGUGCACCAGUCUGAACAAAACUGUGUCGGCGUGCGUUGUGCUUUCCCCGAGCUGAAGCUUCGAUAGAAACUCUUUACUUGGCUGGUCACAUUUUAUUAUCUGUAGUAAAGCAGACAUUUCCUGACCAUUCCAAGGCCAAAAUCCUUAUUUAUUAUAAAUAUAGUCUAUACGUGUGUCUGUACAGUCCAUUACGAAAUGAUGACAUAGUUUGAAGGGUUUGUUUGUUUUAUAAGAUAGUGACUUUUUUAUUUUUAGCAGCAGAAAUUUUCUUGUUUUACGAUCAGUGCUGACUGAGCUGUAAAAAAUAAAUAAAUAAACAGAAGUAAAAUAAAAUCUGACUGUUAACAAUCUACCUUUUUUUAAAAAAAAUAAUUUUUUGAUUUAGUUCUGUGAGAAUAAAUCAUGAUACACCGUUGCCCAUGUGAUCAUUUGUUUGAUCUGUAGAACGAUGUGGCUUUUUUCACAUCAGAAAGUAGAAGCAUUGACGUAAAGGCAGAUUUGCACGUUGCUUUCAUUUGUCUUUCUUUCUUUUAAACCGACUCCAUGAUAAUUUAGUUUAAUUAUAUAUUUUUUAAAAGAAUUAGAAUAAUAAUCCACGCCGGUGAGGUUCUCCUAAUCAGCACUGUUGGAUAUCUGACACGCUAAUUGAUGACAUUUUUUUUUUUUAUAUCGUAUUUUACUUUUCCUGUAAAGAUAUUCCUAUUACCACACUUCUGAUAAGGAUGAUUGUUGAUGUGAAUGUUAUUUUUUUCUGUUUUUAGUAAAAUAAAUAAAAGUGUACAGAAA